AUGGUAACCACCUCAUCACCCAAGCACGAUACCCACCCCAUCACCAGUCAACAUGUCAAACCGCGGAUCAUCAUCCACGGCGGCGCAGGUAACAUAACACGCACAUCCAUCCCCCGAGACCAAUACGAUGAAUACCGUGCGUCUCUUCUCAGCAUCCUCUCCAAAGCAACCGCACAGCUCUCAGUUCCGGGAGCAACAGCACUAGACGUCGCCACAUACGCCGUCACGCUCCUCGAAAACGACCCAUUAUACAACUCGGGAAAAGGAGCCGUCUUCACACGAGAUGGAAAAAACGAACUCGAGUGCAGCAUCAUGGUGUCCAACGGUUACCGUAAACGCGGUAUAGGCUGUAUGCUCCUCUCGCACGUGAAGAACCCCAUCAAGCUAGCGCGAGAGUUUCUAAUCCGCGGCGAGAGCGCUGAUGGCGGUGGUGCGGGAGAUCACUGCCAGUAUAGUGGCGAGUUUGCAGAAGAGAUGGCGGAGAAAUGGGGGUUGGAGAUUGUGGAGCCAAGCUACUUUUUCACGCAAAAGAGGUGGGAUGAGCAUCAGCGCGGGCUAGUCGAAGAGAAGAAAAAGGAAGAAGCGGGAAAAGCUUCACACGAGACGAGCCAGUGGGAAAAAGAUAACUUCAUCCCACUUGGGACAUGUGGUGCCGUCGUUGUGGAUUCUUUCGGCACUGUAUGCACGGCUACGUCUACGGGGGGUUUGACAAACAAAGUCCCCGGUCGCAUUGGAGAUACACCGACACUGGCCGCCGUUUUCCAGGCUGAGGAGUGGUAUACCAAAGUUUCACAGCGGUCGUCACAGAUGCUGUAUCAACCAUCUGCAUCCAUCGUUUCCUCUCCGCUAGAUAAACUCUCAAGAGGUGAUCUAAGAGGCGUAAUUGGCGAUUGUCUACUACUACCUACCUUACACGCCGCAUCAACAUCAACAUCCACUCCACAAGCGGCAGCUACAAGCGACGAGAAGCCAAUAACCGUCCGCCACGCCAUGGCACUGUCCGGAACGGGUAAUGGUGAUACCUUCUUGCGGACAAGUGCAGCUCGCACUACUGCAGCCCGAUCACGCUUCUCGGACUGCUCGCUAUCUGAGGCUACAACUUGGAUGGCUGGGCCAGAUGGCGAGCUGCAAAAGUCGGCUGGAGAGCGGUGGGAUAGGGUGCAUGAGGGUGUGGGGGGGAUUAUUGGGAUUGAGGUUGUGGGGACAGAGGUGCAGGUUGUACAGGAUUAUAAUGGUGGGGGUAUGUUUAGGGCUUGGAUUGACGGGGAUGGCGGGUAUAGAUGUUUGGUGUUUAGGGAGGAUAGCUGGGAGAGUGGACCGGAGGGUUGGGGUGAGUGGUAAGAUUAUGGAUGAGGAUGUGCAGAUACUUGAUGUUGUUGGCUAGGUGGGAUGCUGUACUACGGACGGCGGUUGGUGACACAACGGCAUGGCGUAUACAUGGAGGGUUUCUGGUGUUGUGUAGGCUCUCUGUCUUUAGUAGAUGAAUGUCAAAGUAGCUUGUACUGUGAGAAAAUAUACUGUAUAUAACGCA